ACUUAACUUUUACAUAAACAAGCAGCUCUGAGAAGCAUCAACUUCAGAGAGAGGACUGGAAUUUGGACUGGAUUGACUGAUCAUUUGAGAGCAGAAACUGCAAGCAGCUAGAGGAGUUUCUGGAAAAUCUUUGAAAAGGUUCUGAACUGCCAACAUGUUUCUGGCCUUUUGUCUGGUAUCCGUGGGGCUGCUCCUCUCCUUACCUGGUGUUGCAAGGGGAGAAUUGGAGCCUGUUCCUGAAAUGGAAGGCCUGUUUCAAGAAUUACAGAAAAAAGUGAAUGACUUGUGGCAGAAUUUGCUCUACCCACAAUUUCUCAGACAGAGUGAGUGGACGGCUUACGCUACUUGUGAAAUGAAGCCUAGCUCCAAAUUAGAUGCUGACAAACCACAAGUGACAGGACAAAUCUUGUUCAAACAGUCCUACCCAAUUGGAAAGCUAGAAGCUUUCUUUGACCUGGAUGGGCUUCCAUCAGAGAACAAUCAGUUGGGUAGGGCUAUUCACAUCCACAAGUUUGGAGACCUCAGUGAUGGCUGUAACACUACUGGAGGACACUAUAACCCCUUCAAUGUGAACCAUCCUCACCAUCCAGGGGAUUUUGGCAACUUCUACUCUAAAGAUGGCAAAAUUAGAAAAUACAAGUCAAACCUGUCUGCUACUCUGUUUGGCCCAUAUACCAUUAUGGGCAGAUCUGUUGUUAUUCAUGAGCAGGAAGAUGACAUGGGCAAAGGUAACAAUAAGGCCAGUUUGGAGAAUGGAAAUGCGGGCAGACGUCUGGCUUGUUGUGUCAUUGGGAUAUGUGACAAGAACACGUGGGAGAAUAAAUUCUCCAAGUUUGCAGAAAGAAGGAAAAGAGGCUCACAAAAUGAGCACAGGAGCAGGCCCAACUGAGGGCCUGAAUACCAGCUAUCUCCAAGGCAGCCCAGAAUAGAUUUAGUUUAUGCAGUUGUUGCUAAGAGAUAUGGCAAAAGGUUUCCCAUUUCCAUUGGAACUUGGCUCUGUUGUUCUCUAAGAAAAGCAUGAUGGUAUGUACAGCUUUUCCCUUCUGUAAGCAGAUUAAUAAAAACAGCAUCAACACAA